UUACACUUUAUUUUAAGUGGCGUGGAAUAUGCUGUCUUUCUGCCUACUAUAUGGAGAUAUCUGCAGUUAUUAAAGGGACCACAUUAUUUUCUUGGCUUGGGUCUGUCUGCAUUCAGCUUCAGUGUGCUGGUGUCUGGUCCAGUGUUUGGCCACUGGUCAGACAAGACCAGAACUACAAAGAACAUCAUCCUCUUCUCCGAUGUGUUUGAAAUUGUGGGAAACUUCAUGUAUUUCAUGGGCUAUUCAAAAUGGCUUCUUCUGUCCAGCCGUCUUGUUGCAGGUAUUGGAGCAGGAGCUGGUUCCUCAAUUUUUGGGUUCCUCACACGUACUACUCUCCCUGAUGAGCGAGCAAGAGUCUUUGCAGCUGUCAUGGCAUGCAGUUAGGCUGGACUUCUGAUCGGUCCAGCUUUCAAUAUCUUUCUAAGAUUGUGUGAUUUCAAACUGGGUGCAUUUGUAGUAAAUAAGUACACCUUAAAUAAGUCUCUUUUCAUGUGCGGGAUGUGGGUGCUUAUGCAGUUUGCAGUAAUGGUCCUGUACUGGGACAUCCCACCACUGGACUCCUUCCCUGAGAAGCACAUGCCCCUCAGCGAGGUCAGAGGUGAAGAAGAUGAGCCCCUCAUGAGUCUGGAAGAUGAAAACAGGGCUGCAGCAGAGGACUCGUAUGGCUCGGCCAGUCCAGAACAAACUGAGACCCAGCUCUCAUCUGAACUCCCACCUUCUCCUCCAGAUUCACCCUCGCUAGACACCUCUGACCCCUUCGAAAACUUCAGGGCCAGUCAAGAGUCUCUGAGGGAGGAGGUGGUGGUUCUCCUCACCGCUCAGUUCAUCACUCUCUUCAAUCAGACAGCACUUGAGACCAUGGUGACCCCUCUGACGCAGAAGUACUUUGGCUUCGGUGAGCUGGGGAACAGUGUGAUGUACAGCCUGUGUGUGGUGGAGGUAAUUGCAGGUUUCUUCCUGGUGCGCUGGCUGAGCCGUGUGCUGGAGGACCGGGUGGUGCUGGCGGUGGGGCUGCUCAUCUGCAGCGGGGCUUGUGUCUGGUGCCUCAUCUUUCUGGCCAAUCCACAGGAAACUAAUGAUGAUUAUCCUGCUGAGAUCAUGAUGGUGUUGUCCUAUGAGAAGCUGGUGGAGCACGCACAGCACUCAGAGAACGGAGGAUAG